ACUGCGCAUUCAAACUCAUACAUCUUGCCGUUCAUAAGGGUUAAUGUCGAUUGUGUACCAAAGGUUGUUUUCGCAAAGACUGUGUAGAAAUACAGUUGUGUGAUUGCUGGCAGUGCUUGAGUGCUACAUUCCAUACUGUGUUGAAGAUCUUUGUGCAUCAUUUCUGAAGGCACCCUAAGAUGCUUAUGUUAAACUACCCGACGAUUAAACGACGCCGUUCUGCGCCUGAGUUGUGUUGUGAUAAAGUGUAAAACUGACAUAAAAGUGAAUAAUGAGCGCGUACUUACAGGUCGCAGAAGAUGAAGGAGAAGAACCCAUAGAACUCCCUACCGAAGAUGAUAGUACAUUAUUGCUUUCAACGCUAGCAGCUCAGUUCCCUGGUACCUGCGGUCUCAAGUAUCGGAAUCCAGAAUCCCGGACAAUGAGAGGCGUUCGACUCGUAGAGGGAAGGUUACACCCUCCAGAGACUGGCUGGGGAACAGGAGUGUAUUACUGCGUGUUUCCCAAAGAAAACAAGAGAAAAUCUGAUGAUCAUUUGGAAAAUUCUACAGCAAAAACAAAAAGAAUGGAGACAAAAUUAAAGUGCUCGGAUCUCAUAGUGCUCGGAUUGCCUUGGAAGACGACUGAACAGCAGUUGCGAGAAUAUUUUGAAUCCUUUGGCGAAGUACUUAUGGCACAGGUGAAGAAAGAUCCCAAAUCUGGCCAGUCAAAAGGUUUUGGAUUUAUCCGUUUUGGAAACUACGAUUCACAGAUGCGUGUUUUAGCACAGAGGCAUAUGAUUGAUGGAAGGUGGUGUGAUGUGAAGAUCCCAAAUUCAAAGGAGGGACAGGUUCAGCAAGUUCCAUGUAAAGUGUUUGUUGGGCGGUGCACUGAAGAUAUGCAGUCGGAUGACUUGCGUGAGUAUUUCUCCAAAUUUGGGGAAGUAACUGACGUCUUCAUCCCAAAACCAUUUCGUGCAUUUGCUUUCGUCACCUUCUUGGAUCCAGAAGUGGCUCAGAACUUGUGUGGUGAAGACCACAUAAUCAAAGGAGUCUCGGUACAUGUGAGCAACGCGGCACCGAAAACGGAUCCAAACGGUCGCUCUUAUGGGGGCAGAGGCCUCGGAUCUCGGGAGCCGAAGAACUUGGCAGGCCCUUUUGGGGGAGCGGCAGGAGCUGCGCACCACUAUCACCAUCCUGGCGGUCCGGGAGGAGGUGGUGCAGGUGGUGGCGGAUGGAACCGGGCUGGCCCAGGACCAGGAGGCAGGGCUCUAGACAUGCCCAAUCUCCAAGCGUUGGGUAUUACAGGACAGGCCGGUGGCCCAGCUGCAGGUGGGGCAGGUCAAAAUGUUGCCAAUCCACUAGGCAUGGGUGCAUUGAACCUCGGAGCCGUAACUGUCAAUCCUGCACUGGUGGCUGCAGCUCUCAAUCAGGCGGGCUGGGGUCUCAUAGGCAAUUUACAAGGUGGCCAGGCUCCAGGACCUGGGCCAGGGGGUACCGCAGAGGGAGGCCCGGGUCCGGCAGCAUUCGGUCAGCCUGGAGCUCCGGGAUUUGCUGGGGCACCAGGUGGACCAGGGCCGGGCCCUGCACCUCAGCAAGGAGCUGCACCCCCUGCUGCAGGAGCGCAAGCUGGAGGUAGUUUUCUCAGUUGGAUGAGCCAAGGUACUCCCACUGGGGGAACUGAUGCCAGUCAAACUGGCAGUGCUCCUGGUACGAGUACCCCCCAGCAGCCUGGUCCAGCCCCUGGGUCGUGGCCUCAAAGAGGCAACAAGGAAGGCUACCUGAAAUAUGAAUAGGCAGGUAAAAGCAAAGUGGAGAAAAAUGUGCUGUCAGGUCCGUAACACUUUCCAACACAAGGACAAUGCUUUGUUUAUUUACAAAAUGCUUUCUUAACUGAUGUGAAUCAUUUUAUAUUCUUAAGGUAAGUCAUGUCAUUCUGAAAAGUGCUUGCCCACUUUGGUCAUUGGUGCUUAUGUAACUGCCGCGAAAUUUUAGACUUGUGCUUCCUAGGUUUUUCAUCUGAAGUCAUGCCAGUUAUUUCUGAUUACUAAGAUAGAUACUGAACAUAGGAAAACCUAUAUUUGUGAAAUAUAACAUUUAAAUGUGCAUCUCAGAGCUCUGAAAGGAAAGUCAUUUAUCCAGCGCAAUUGAAGUAAGAUGAUUGUGUUUGUAUUCAGUGUCCAGAAUCCCAAAAAUAUUCUCCCUCUCCCUCAAUUCUUUGUACUGUCAUCAUCAUCAGUAAAGAUAGGGAACUCAUAGCUCAGUGUGACAUUGUUAAUACUUUGUAGUAUGAAGUGAACAUGGGUUUAUGAAAUAGAGUGUUGGCAGAAUUAUAAAAUUUUUAACUUUCUGUGCUCAGAAAAGUUUUGUUCUUUCUGUUUGUAGAACCUUGCCAUUUUGUAAUGGAUAUCAGGUCAGUCCUUGUUUUAAUUGUUACAAUUUUGAUAACUUUUGUUCAUGCAUUACUUCAUCUCAGUACUGGCAUCAGAUAAUCAUGAAUUGAGCUGAAUAGCUUAUAUAUGUACAUGCUUCACAGAGGGUUUCUUGUUUUGUUGAGUUCAGUGUUGGUUCAGAUUUUUGUUUCUCCUUUGGUAAACUUAUUUCUGAAACUUACACACUAAUUCUGCAUCUGACUUUGUACGUACAUCUGACGAUAAAAUGAGUUCCCACGAGAUGUAUUGCGAGUAACAGAAAUCUCAACAAGCUGAUUAUUUCUCAUUUCACUUAGUUACUGUGUUUCCAGAAUUCUGGUCACUAUAAUACAUAAUAUGGUCUUUUAGAAUUACUUGUAGCCAAUGUAGCCAUUUGUGAUAUUUCAUCAGAAAUGAAGGCGGAGGGAUUAAAAAUGACAUCAUGUAAGAAGUGUGUUGAUAUCAAGUUGUAGUAAUUACUUUGCAGACUGUUUUAUCUAAAUUACUAAUAUUUUGUAAACUGUAGUUGACUUUCACUCUGAACCUCCAUUGAUAGUGUAUAUAUUUCAACCUAUUCCUAAUGUUGUCAACAAGAAAUGGAUCAUUUUGCUCGAGAAAUUGAGGAAAUUAAGUUUUCUUUUCAUAUAUUUUUAUAAUUAAAUGACAGCGUUAUAAAAAUAUCGUGAUAGAUAUUUUAUAUGAUUACUAAUUAUAGUUUACUUCUUGUUAAAGACUUCAGUUCAUUAGCCUUACGGCUUCCUCUUUC